AUGGUACCCAGAUUGGAAACUAGAAUAUCGUCAUCAUCCACACCUUAUCCACCUCCGCAAACCAUCAAAACUAAUUCGUCCCCGACCCCACUGCGGACCUCUUCAUUCGAGGGAACGGUAGCGCUAUGGCUUAAAUCACCUCAUGAGAAAGAAGCUGGUCAAGAAUAUUUCUCGCAUCCAUCAAGAGAGGGUAUGACAUAUGCUAUCGUUGUUCGUGGUAGGUUCGUAGACGAUGUAUCCGCCGAUGAUAUUUUCUUCGGAAACGUUUUCGAAAAUCCAGUGAGGGAUCAUCUUCCUUGGGGUAGCAGCAUAGCUAUGCGUGCUAUGCAAUGGUUAGACCCUUCGAUAGAGAUGGACGCAUAUGCCGAUAGACCAUGGGCUCUUUCACCAUUAUUAGCAACUAUGAAUUAUGUAUCGAUAACUCGUCAACCUCAAAAUGGAGUAAUAGUGGAAGAAGAUUGUGAUUUAUUGGAGGAACUAGCUGGAAUACAAAAAUGGAAAGGGGAUUCGAAAGCCCGUAGUUCUUCAAGAAAAGCAUGGUUCAACAUACCUGCCAACCGUGAAAAAGUUCAGUUGAAAGGAUUGGAAAUCAGUUUAGAAUUUUGUAAUGGCUAUCUUGACUUUAACACCUUCUCCGUCACUCUGCCCCGUCCUUUCAACCUCUCCAUCCCCCUUUUGAAAUACUGGGAUGGUCAACCUGUCACAUACGUCUGUCAAAUGGGUAAACAACCUGGUGAAAGAGCAUGUUGGAGUGUGGCGUAUCAUAUUGUUGAUGCUGUCCCUCUUGACGACACUGCAUCAGCAAAGCCCAAUACCGAGGAAGAGGAAAGGAGUAGCGGCAGCAGUAGCGAAAGAGAAUGGAGAGGGAGAGUUAUUGGAUGA